UUGAGCUUUGGCUGGAAGGCAACCAUGCUGCUUGGGCGGAGGCUGCUGCAGGCGGCGACGCAGGAUUCGGCCAGCGAUGAUGAGAUGCUGCGCACCUUGAAGACGCACGACCGCUUCUUUUGCGAGACGAUGGAGAUCAUCCCGGCAGCGUUUUACUUCCCCACGGACGCAGAGACCAACUGGAAGAAGUCGGCGCCCAAAAAGUAUCACAAGAACGUACAGGCGCUUAAGCAGCAGGAAUCGUCCAAGAAGAACCUCCUCAAGCGUGCCAAGUUCUCUCCGGCAGCACAGCAGAGCAACGAGGAACGACAGAAGGCCACGGCGGCGGUUGAAAAGAAGGAACAGGCGCAGGUUAAGCCGAUCAAUUCCAGUGCAGCAACGGAGGAGAAUGGUCUGGAGGGUCUUCGUGCACGUCUGGCCGUCAAGAUCCAAGCCAUGCGUGAACAGCGUAAGGCUGAGGAGAAGACGGGCAAGAAACGUCCGUCGCGUGCCGAGGCGGCAGCUGAACAGCGAGCUUUAAAGAAGCGCAAGACUACAGCUAACAAGAGCAAGGCCAAGGCCGAAAAACGCGAGCAGGAGACCGCUGCUAAGACGGAAAGUGAGACGCAAGUGAAGAAGGACGCGGAUACUACGGUGGACGCUGGCUCCAUCUCGUACGGCAGUCUGCUGCUGGAUGACGGCAGCGAAAAGGACAACAAGCCCAAGACUCGUCACGGCCAGAGUGUGCGUGGUAUCCAGAACCUGUUGAAGAAGGCUGAGCGCAAUGCUCAGCGUCUUGAGGAGCUGAAGAAGACAGAAGAGGGCAAAGAGAAGGCGAAGGCUAAGGGCUGGGAUACCGCUCUCCAACAGGCUGCAGGUAAGGUAGUAAUGGACGACCCGAAGCUGCUGCGUGCUAAGCUGAAAAAGAAGGAGAAGGCAAAGGCGAAGAGUACGAAGGAAUGGAAGGAACGCACGGCAAAGCUGGAAGUGUCCAAGAAGGAGCGACAGAAAAAGAAACUCACUAAUGCACUUGGUCGUGGCAAGAAGGAUGCCGCUAAGCCAACCGAGAAGAAGGGACGAAAAGGACCGCGCGCUGGGUUUGAAGGCAAGAAGGGCGAGGCAUUCUUGAACGCUGAUAAGAAGGGAGGCAAGCCUGCCGGCAAGAAGUCGGGAGGACCCAGUAAGUAGCUGGAGAAGCCAGGUAUAUAAUAUAGACUGCCAGUUUGCAUCAAUUUGAGGAG